CAGAAGAAAAAUAGUUCUAGAACAAUAACACGCUUCCCGAAAAUUUCCAUUUAUACAACGCUAAGGUAGAUCAGUGUAUCUCAUUGCGACAGCGAAAGAUGCUCUCGCACGGAAUGUGGGCGCGAUCGAAGGGUUCCUCCUCUCCCUCCUCUCUCUAUUUCUGUCUCGCUCACGCGUCGCACAGCUUCGAGCUUGUGGGUGUCGCGCGGCCGGCCGCGAUCGAAUAUGCGUCGUGCCGUUGCACCCGUCGGGUGUAACCACACGGGAUGCGAAAACUUGCGACGGAGUUCUCGCGGAAUCCAAGGUGGGACGGAGGCAUGUUGGCUGCGUGAUGUAACGAGGGGAAUGUUCCAGGAAUGCGAUUUGUCAUCAAUUUCUAACAAUCGACAAGAACGUUGGGAAGGGGAAAAGAGAGAGGAGCGCGGGAGAGGCGAAGGGAAAGGCGAUUGACAUGUGUACGUGUGCGUGACGUGUUCGUAUACGUCCGUGCGUGUGCGCGCGGCGUACGUUGCGUUAAAGAGAGCGAAAGAAAGGAUGCACACACGUCCGUAGCGAAAAGAGGAAAUGAAGAGGAACCAUCAUGAGAUGAGAUGAGAACUCCCGAACAACGAUAAUUUCGCUCUCCUCGAUGGAGUAUCAGGCACCGACGCGCAUGUUCGUGUCUGGCGAUCGACUUGAGCUCGAGAGCGAACGCGACUCCCUUUGAUGCGCCGCUCCCCAACGAGAUACACGCAGUGAAAGGAAGUCCGAUCGGAAAUCAGCGGAUGUUCUUUCCGGCAUGGGCGGCAGAUACUUCGACACACCCAAGCAAGUCCUGGAUAGGUGGAUAGGUGGAAAUGACCACUGGUUUCCCGCGGGACAUGAAGGACGAGGGGGACCGAGGGAGAUCAGGCCUCCAACAGUCGUAUCGUCUGGCGCACUUGAUGGAGUAGUCUCGCGGCUAAUGUCGAGCGAAGACGCUCGGAGUGUGCUCACGCUACUCCCAAGACGCAGACAAAUCAACGUACAUUCGAAAAUCGGAAGAGGAAGCACUCGCGUGGCAGACCCGACCAAGUACCAAUGGCCGUCAGGAUCGAUUGUAACUAGCAUUCCCGCGAGGAGGAAUCUGACUGCCCACUAUAUCUUUGAAGAGAAUCAGACUUCGAGCGUAUCGACUACAAGAUUUAUAACAAAAUGUUUCAAAUUAACAUGAUUUCUUUGCUCGAAUUUCUUAUUUAGAAAUAUAUUAAGAUACACGGUCGUGGAUCGCGUCAAGUGUGCACGUAAAACGGGCGAAACGGGCGAAAGGACCGUGUAUUUUUACACAAGUGAUUCAUUGCGAUUAUCUGAGAUUAUCAGAUCACAGAAACGGCUGAAUCGAUUAAAUUACUCGUAUAUCCAAUUGAUA